CCCAAAACCAAACCGAACCAAAACUUAAAAGCAGCGUGUUCCUUACUCUCUCUCAUUAAUCAUGGCCGAUCUGUACGGAACGCCGCCGGACUCGGAAGAAAUCUCCAACAUUCUCAGCCACCUCCUCCACGGCGGCUCCUCCUCCGCUUCCUCUUCCUGCGCUCCCUUCAAGCAUGUGCACCUCAUCAACUCCUCCUCAGUGCCACCGCCUCAUCAUACGACACCGUCUCACGACCACCACCCUCAGCUGCUGGCCCGAUCGGCCGACCGGCCCCCUGAUUUUCAUUUUUCGGAUUCCGGCGGGUAUUUCGUGGACUCGGACGCCAACACUUCGACGAAGGGGAGGAGAGUUUCGUCGGAGAAUGAUCUCGGUGACGUCAGCUGCGACAGUGAGGGUCCUGAAGCGCCGGAGGUUCCAUUGAACCCAGCUCCGUCGCGUAGUUUGUCCAAGAGAGGCAGAGCGGCGGAGGUUCAUAACUUGUCUGAAAAGAGAAGGAGGAGUAAGAUCAAUGAGAAGAUGAAAGCUUUGCAGAACUUGAUUCCGAAUUCUAACAAGACUGACAAGGCUUCAAUGCUGGAUGAAGCAAUUGAGUAUUUGAAGCAGCUCCAGCUUCAAGUACAGAUGUUAACGAUGAGAAAUGGACUGGGUUUGCACCCCAUGUGUUUACCAGGAAUGAUGCAGCCUGUGCAAAUGCCUCAUAUGGCAUCGGGCUUUGACGAAGGAAAUAACAAAGUUCCAAAGUCUACCAGUGGAAUGAGUCCUUUUUUUGGGAGUGAAGAGAACUGCAUGCAAUCAGCUUAUAAUAUUUCUAGUGGAUGCACAAUCUCGAACCAGUCAAUGGUCGCAACUUCAGCUGCAAAUGUCCCUGGUUCAGAAGCCUCAUUCGUUUUUGGACCAUCGACCCAAGCUUACUACAGACCCUUUUUUGGUGCCACAUCUCCCAAGGAAAUAUUCUCCGGUGAAGGUGAGCCUUCCUCAAAAUCAGAAUCAAAUCCGACUGGGAAAGCCUCUUCAUCAGAUGCUGAUAAGGUGUCUCCAGUUAGACCUGAUGUCUGAUAUCUAGCUGGUUUACAUGAAGUUCAACUUGUUCAAUCAAGAAACCCGCCAUGAACCUCAAGUUGCUGAUAUGUUUCACACUUGCUUGUGUCAUAUCUCAUUGUUUUCCAAGUGUAACAGGCCAGUUACCAAGAUCAAGGCUGUGGCAUUUUCUUUUGCAGCUGAUGCUUCUUAAUUACUUAACUUGUAUAAAAACGCUCACCAAUCUUGGAUGAAUGGUGGCCAUUUCUGCUAAUUUCUUAGAUCUGUCUGCUCACUCUUUUGAAGAGCAUUGGAUAGCCAAAA